AUGGCACCUAACAGUUGGCGUGAGGGGCUGCAGGAGCUCGGGGGCUGGUGGCAGGAACAAGCCUCUUCCGACCCCAUGGAGCUGUACGAGACACCCCCCUACUUCUACCAGGAACCCCACUUCUACGACGGGGAAAACUACCUGCCCAUCCACCUCCAGGGCUUUGAGCCGCCGUGCUAUGAGCGGACUGAGCUCAGCCUGAGCCCUGAGGCUCGAGGGCCCCUCGAAGACAAGGGUCUGGGGACCCCGGAUCACUGCCCGGGCCAGUGCCUGCCGUGGGCGUGUAAGGUGUGUAAGAGGAAGUCGGUGUCCGUGGACCGGCGGCGGGCGGCCACGCUGAGGGAGAAGCGCAGGCUCAAGAAGGUGAACGAGGCCUUUGAGGCUCUGAAGAGAAGCACCCUCCUGAACCCCAACCAGCGGCUGCCCAAGGUGGAGAUCCUGCGUGGCGCCAUCCAGUACAUCGAGCGCCUGCAGGCCCUGCUCAGCUCCCUCAGCCAGGAGGAGCGUGAGCUGCGCUACCACCGGGGAGGCGGCGGGCCCCCACCAGGGGUGCCCAGUGAAUGCAGCUCCCACAGCGCCUCCUGCAGUCCAGAGUGGGGCAGCACACUGGAGUUCGGCCCCAACGCAGGUGACCACCUGCUCACAGCUGACCCCACAGACGCUCACAGCCUGCACUCCCUCACCUCCAUUGUGGAUGGCAUCACGGUGGAGGACGUCUCUGUGGCCUUCCCAGACGAAACCAUGCCCAACUGAGAUUGUCUGCCAGGCCGGGCAUCCGGGAGGGCCCCCCAGCUGGCCACAGAUGCCACCACGUGGGCAGCAGGAGCCUCCUUAGCCCGGCUGUCCUGAUGCCAGGAAGCCAGCCGUGGGGCUGCCAAAUGCCAGCCUUCCCCCUCAUCUACAGAAGGUUCACCCUCCGCCCAGAGAGGGAACGGACGUUCUCACUUAGCUGACUCCACAGAGCACCGGCACCCCAUUUCCAGGAAGCUAAGGCAGGGGACCAGAGCGCCCCUCGUGUACGCCCCUGGCCGGGGGCCAACUCAGGACCUGCGCGCUGAUCACAGCACAGCCCCCAGCUCCACUCCCCCAGGAUCUCAGAGACGACGUCAGUGUCCUGCCCUGGACGAGUUGUGCACACCUCCUGUCCCCAUCUCUUCCUGAUGCCAGUGGCUGGGCUGGGCCUGCCCUCAAGUGAGAGAGAAGAAAGGGACAAUCCCCUGUUCCCAAGUCCCUGGGGGCCAAGCUUCUGCAGUGACUACUGGGAAGCUUCCCGUGCUUUCAUGUUCUGUUUUGUUUUGUGUGUUGUUUGUAAAGCUGCCAUCUGACCAAGGUGUCCUGUUCGAA